AAACGGUUUAUUAGAAAUAUAAGAAUCACUGAUUACGCUAAGAAUCACUGAUUACACUUUCUGCAUACCACUUAAGUUUUUUGCAUGAUCUCCGUUUAGCUAAACUAAGAUCAAGCAAAAACUUAAGUAUACUUUCUGCAUACCACCCUUAAACAGCCAAUUUCGCUGUUUAACUUUGUGACGAUAAUCGACAAUCAAAAAUCGAUAAAAAUGGAAGUGGUAACGGUCGAUUUAAGGAGUGAUACAUUAUCUCUUCCUACAGCUGAUAUGCGUUGUGCAAUGGCUGAAGCAGAACUUGGUGAUGAUGUUUAUGGUGAAGACCCAACCGUAAAUCGAUUACAAAUGUUGGCUGCUGAAUUGUUUGGAAAGGAAGAUGCAUUGUUUGUUCCAACAGGAACAAUGGGAAAUUUGAUAUCAGUGAUGUGCCAUUGUUGGCAACGUGGAUCAGAAGUUUUACUGGGCGAUCAAUCUCAUAUUCAUCGGUUUGAGCAAGGUGGAAUAGCUCAGUUGGCAGGAGUCCACCCAAAAACGAUACGCAAUUUACCUGAUGGUACUUUUCAAUUAAGUGAACUGCAAGCUAAGUAUCAAACAAGUGCUGAUGUACAUUUUGCAUCAACUUCACUCAUUUGCGUUGAAAACCCGAUUGAAGGAAAAGUUCUUCCUUUGAAUUUUAUGGUUCAGUUAAGAAGUGUUGCAGAUGAAUUGAAGCUACCUAUCCAUUUAGAUGGAGCCAGGGUUAUAAAUGCUGCAAUAGCAUUAGGUGUUCCUCCGAAAUUGAUAACGAAGUAUGCAGACACUGCAAAUAUUUGUUUGUCAAAGGGUUUAUGUGCACCAGUUGGCUCGGUGAUCGUUGGAAGUAAACAAUUCAUCACAAAAGCAAAAAGAGUCAGAAAAUUACUUGGGGGGGGAAUGCGACAAGCUGGUGUUCUUGCUGCGGCUGGAAUAAUUUCUCUUAAUGUGAUAAGCAAGAAGUUGCACUUGGAUCAUGAUAAUGCAAAACAUUUUGCACAAACUAUUCUAAGCUUAGCGCCAGAUCUGGUUGAAGUUAACUUGAAACAUGUAACCACAAAUAUUGCUAUGUUUCAACUUAAAAAUGCAAUGCCAACAAAGAAUGGCCGAACAGUUGCUCAAGAGUUUGUUUGGCGAAUGGAAAACACAUCAGAUGGCAGCAAAACAAGGGUUAAGAUGUGUGCCUUUGGUGAUGUAACUGUCAGAGCAGUUUUCUAUCACCAAAUAAGCAAGUUGGAUGUCCAAAAAGCAUUGGAAAAAUUUGAACUAGUUGCUUCGGCUUGGAGGAAUGAACUUUAGAAUCAACUUUUUAACUGGUAAUCAUGUCUGAUUAAUUGUGGGGUAAACCAAAUUUUGUGCUUUUAAUUUUAUAUUAAAAAUAUAUUUCUCCCCUGAAAUGUAAAA